CAGGUCUUUCUUCUCCAAGUAAUUAGGUCUCCGCAGCCACACCUUAACCUUCUAAGAGGCAAGGAACCCUUCCACUAAAGCUCCGCCAGCAGGAACGUUGCCAAAGUCCAUCACGACUCUUUGAGCAGCCCGAGUUUCUUUAGUGCCUCCUUGCGAGAUUCCUCGGUUGCCCCCCGGCCAGAAAACUGCACUGUGAUACCUUGGGGGCGAAACAUGGCGGCGGAUCUGCGCUUGGCAUCAGAGGGAGAUGGGGCUCGCGUCGCAGCCACUGCGCCAGUGUUUGGGUGCGAGGUCUGAGGGUGUCUCUGCGCAGGGGUCGGAGGUGGGCCUUUGAAAGCCCCGGGUCGACUGUCCGUGGGUCGGUGCAUCCCGGUAGAGGGGUUGAUGGUCCGGCUCUUGCCCCCGUAACUGUUGAGCUCGGCGGGUAGGGGCUGGGGUUUGGCGGGCAAGUUGUGAUUCACGUCAAUGUGGGAGCUGAGGAUGUCGGGAAGGUCGCCUCUGGUCAUGACUCCAGUUGCAGGGUUCAGGACUUUGGACUUGCCUCCAUAGCUGUUGAACUCACUGGGGUUUGCCAGUGCAGAAGGAAGGACUUUGGCUUCUGGGCUUGUCGGAGGUGUCACGGGUUCGUUCUUUGGGGGGCCUGGAGUGACCACAACGGAUUUACCUCCAAAGCUAUUCAAUUCCAGAGAUAUGAUGUCUGACUGAGAGGGGGUGGGAAAGGUUUUCUCCUGUCGAGGUGGGCUCAGUGGAGGCUUUCUAUCGUCAAAGCUUCUGGGAGACUCGAAAGACAGAUUCUCUGCUUUUUGUACAUACAUUUGGCUUUGUAGCAACGGUGGGACCUUGGAGUCUGGCACAUAAAUGCUAGUCUCUGUUGGCCGAACCUUGGUCUCCAAAGGACGAGUGACACUGGUCUCCACACUCGAAACAGGACUCGGUGCCAUGCUGUCAACGGUAUCAGGGACAAAUAUCCCUCCUGACAUGGCUCGGUUCCUGGCCAGGCCCAGCUUCGACAGUGCUUCCAUCCUGGUUUUCUCGGGUGUGGGGUCCUUGAAGGAAAUGCUGCGGGUUGGGGCAUUUCGCAAUUUGUGCGCAAAAGUCAGCUUGGAAUCCUCCUGCAAGAGAGACUGUGGUGCUCCUGUCAGAUUCGACAGCAUCAGCGCCCGCCUGUCAUGGAGGUUCACGUUGGCCACCGGUUGAUCCUGGAGCUCUUUGUUGCCAAGAAUCCUACUGAUAUUGGCAGGGUAUCUGGUAGGCUUUGCAAAGGUAGGAGGACCCUGCUUUGUGGGGGGAUCUCCGCAGUGGCCUGGUGACUUUUCACCCUCCUGGCUGUGCUGACGCUGGAGUAAAGACGAACUGUUGGUUGCGCCCAUUGCCUGGUUCUCGGCUAUCUUCUUGGCAAUGAGGACAGGUGUGGGGACAGAGCCUGCUGGGUGGUAGGAGUGACCAUCUGUCGGCUCGUAGCCGGCAGAGUGGUCCUGUGGAUCAUGUCUUGGUUUUAUCUCAAAUUGUCUCUUGGGGUUCAUUGCCAUCCCCUGGAAAUCUGAGAGGAAGACAAUUCAAGAUGCUAAGACUCAAUUUCAAUUGAUUUUACUGAGCACAAGAAAUACGGUCACCUGGUCACCACCUCUUCCAGCUCCUUCUCUCCAUUUUCUUUUCCACUUAUCCUCACUAGGGUUGCGGGCGUGCGGGAGCCUAUCCCAGCUAUCUUCGGGCAAGAGGCGGGGUUACACCCUGAACCGGUCGCCAGCCAAUCGCAGGGCGCACAGAAACAAACAACCAUUCGGACUGACAUUCACACCUGCGGGCAAUUUAAGAGUCCUCAAUCAACCUACCACGCAUGUUUUUGGGACGUGGGAGGAAACCGGAGUAACCGGAGAAAACCCACCCAGGCACGGGGAGAACUGGUAUCAAACAAUGCAAACUAAAACAGGCAGACAUUCCAACAGCUUCUUCCCUCUUGCCAUUAACUUCUUAAACAGUAAACUUACAAUUCCUUUGUAACUUGCUGGCAAUUUUGUCUUGAGAUUGCUGUCACAUCUCUGUCGGGCCAAUUAUACAUGACUCGUGCGCUCACUGUCGUAGUCUCGCCACCCUGCACUACUUGCAUAUCUAUUGUUGACCAAUACUGGCCACUCAUGUGCUUGCCGUAUCUGCACCAUUUGCACAAUUGACACUUUACCAGACUAUUGCGCUAUUAGUCAUUUCAAACUGCUCUAAAGUAUCAGCAUUACCACAUUCCUGGUAACCUUUCAUUGCGCAGUCUCUCUCCGUACUGUGUUUUUAUGCGUCAAAAGUAUUUUCUCUCAACCUUGUGUGUUUUUGACAUGAUUUUGAUUCUGAUGAAGUACCUGGACUGGUAGGGUUGAAGCUCGGUAGUUUGGCAAGCAUCAGUUCUGGAUCUGGGCGGACCAGGUCUAUAAUAUCCUGCUCUUUAGCGCUGAGACGUCUGGUUGUUCUCGAGGGUGCUGUGCAGAGAUCAAGGGUUGAGGGCGCUCCGUCCAUCUCGUCGGAAAGAAGGCUUCCGCUUGCCGGAGACUUGACGAGUCCGGCCCGGAGCUCGUCCUCCUCCAGGCUGUUCUCCAGUGAGCCUAUGGUCUCCUCGAAGAACUGGAGGCACUCCUUCUCCUCCGGGCUCAGAAAGCGCAGCGUGUCUUCGUCCUCCGCAUUUAAAAAAUAAAUAAAUAAAUAAUAAAAUAAAUAAAUAAAAUCACAAAAUGUUUACGAGUGACUUGGCGACUCAAACCGACAGGAGAUCAACGCGCAAGUACUGCGUUCGGCCAGCGUCUGCAAUCUUGUCACCCAGAAGUGGCUCGGGACGCAAAAAGGAGGGCGGGUGGAACCGGUCGGGGCGGCGUCGCGUGUUGUGCGAUUGCCGCAACUGUGCGCGUUUUGUGUAAACAGCCUGAAUCAUUUGACGCGCUUAUUGUUUGGAGAACAGAACAAAGCUGCUCUGUAACUGUGCCGUCGUCGGCGCCCCAACAGACGCUUGACUGACACCCGGAACGAAGUCGGCGUGUGUUUAUUACAGUGAAUUCAUUUUUCACAAAUGCACCUAUUGAUGAUUAAUCGCGGUCAGUCCGUAUUCCCCACAGGGGUUUACUGUUUGAACAAACUACAGGAGAGGCAAGAACAAUAAUAACUGUUGGAAUGGCCAUGCGAGUGCCGUCUCAGUUCAUGCCUCUGUGUCAAAACAUGCUACUCCCUUUUUAUUAUGAGUAGUAUUUAUUCCAAUCAACAUUCCAGACUGAAUUCAUCUUAAAGUGAACAAAUGUUGGAUAGAAAUACUUAGUUACGGAUGUAGAUUUUACCGGUAUUUGUUCCUUACUUGAGCGAUCGAUUGAGAUCUUCGAGUCUACAAAGGCGGAAAAAAACAGGUACAGCUGUAAAAAGUAACGAGGUGGUUUUCCAGUGGUGCUCACCCGUAGCCUGGAGCUCCGAUCCAACGCGCCGUUGACUCUGGAGCGCCGCUGGUUGUCGGCCAUGUCCAGGAUGAAGGUAGACGGGCUCAGCCGGGUUUGGGACAUCUCCGGGGGCGGCUACUAGGACGGAAGCGGAAUCAUGUCUGCGCCUCGCGCCGAGGAGUCACCGGAUCAUCGCGUCGCCUCGAUCUGGGGAGGACACGUCAAGGGCAAAAAAGUCCCACUUGUGUUGCUGCCUCCUGACUCCACCUCGACUUAAGACGAACAAACAACAAGCCCCGCCCAUCGCUGCCGGCAGCAUGCGUGUGACCGAGGUGCGCGUGCGCGUGGGAAGUGGAGCCCACUUAUGGAUUUUUGGGAAACAUCCCUUGUUUUUACUCAGUGGUCAUUGAACGCACCAUCCCGGAGUUACCUGUGCCGGGGCUGCGUCAACGAACGCCGCCGACGAGCGUCGUUGGUCGGCUUGGAGGUGGCCCGCCGCCCGGCUUCUGUCUACGCACAUGUCCGCAACGCCAGUUGCGCUUUCUUUUGCCCAUCGACAGCGGCUCGAAGGCCUCUCCGUGCCACGUGACCCAGUAAUUGGAUCCAGACCGUCCAACAUUUACAGUGUCAGCUUACCGUGGCUUCUCCGGGAUUGGUCUCCAUGGCGAUGGACGGGCCAGAGUCCAUCGACGCAUCAAGUCUACGAAAAGCCGUCUGAGCGUUUAUUCCAUACCCUUGACGUCCACCUUAAGCUCCAUCCUGAAUAUGAACCAGAGCAGCAGCUGCCAUGGCCUGCAGCAGCGCUCCCACUAAUGCCGAAACCCUGGAAGGCUUCCACGAGGUCAACCUGGCCUCGCCCACCACGCCCGACCUGCAGAACCAAGCGGAACAGCGCCCGCCCGCCUGCCACAGCGCGCCUCCCACGUCCCUGUACCGCACCCACUCGCUGGGGGCGCCGCCCGCCGGCCUGCGGGCCGACCAGCUGCCCACGCGGCCCGUCUACGCCACGCCGCCGCACGCGCACAAUGGGAGCGCGCAGGGCCCGGAGGCGGACUCGGCCGAGGGCAACCUCCUGCCGAGCGACGACGGCGAGGAGUGUAGCGCCCUAAGCGACAGCCUGGCACGACUGCGCAGCCCCUCGGUCAUGGAGGUGCGAGAGAAAGGAUACGAGAGGCUCAAGGACGAGCUGGCCAAGGCGCAGAGGGAGCUGCUGUUGAAGGAUGAGGAGUGUGAGAGGUUGUCAAAAGUGCGAGACCAGCUGGGCAUGGAGCUGGAGGAGCUGACCGCCAGCCUCUUCCAGGAGGCCCACAAGAUGGUGAGGGAGGCCAACGUCAAGCAGGCCAACGCAGAGAAGCAGCUGAAAGAAGCUCUGGGCAAGAUUGACGUCCUCCAAGCUGAGGUGCAGGCCCUGAAGACGCUGGUUCUGUCUUCGCCCACGUCCCCCGUGGGCGAGCUCCCCAACGUGGGCGGCGGGGGGAAGACGCCCUUCAGGAAGGGCCACAGCAGGAACAAGAGCACCUCCUCCGCCAUCCUGGGAACCCAGCCCGACCCGUCGGCCACGCAGCCCAUCGUCCGCGAGUGCCGAGAGGCGGACGCGCAGCUGUUCACGGAAUUCAAGGCCUGGAAGGAGGAGCCCACGCUGGACCGCAGCUGCUGCUUCCUGGAACGAGUUUACCGCGAGGACAUCUACCCGUGCCUCAGCUUCAGCAAGAGCGAGCUGGGUUCAUCCAUCCUGGAAUCCGUGGAGCAGAACACACUCAGCGUGGAGCCGGUGGGAUUCCAGCCGCUGCCCGUCGUCAAGGCCUCGGCCGUCGAGUGCGGCGGACCAAACGGGCGAACGUCCGAGCUGGUCUUGAAGUGUGCCCUGAGUGGUCAGACCAAAACCUGCAAGCACAGAAUCAAGUUCGGGGACUCGUCCAGCUAUUACUUCGUGUCCCCGUACUGCCGAUACCGAAUCACGGCCGUGUGCAAUUUCUUCACCUACAUUCGUUACAUCCACCAGGGGCUGGUCAAGCAGCAGGACGCUGAACAGAUGUUCCGGGAGGUGAUGCAGCUGCGCAGGGAGAUGUCCUCGGCCAAGCUGGGCUACUUUAAAGACAACCUGUGACUGACCGACCCCCGGCGACCCCCCCGCGUUUGUGCGUAAGAUGGCAAAAGCGGUCGGGGUUCAUCACCACACCGAACGCUCGGCAGUGUUAUGUUGACGCCAGUUUUGUUCACAUUUCGUACCGUUUCAAAACAUUGGAGAAAACAAAACAAAAAAAAAGUAUCAAAAUUGAGCUGACUCCUCCAAGUGAUGACAUUUCAGAUACUUUGCCGACUUCGUUGCUCGAGGGUCUCCCACUGACACUGGAGGUUCUUGUUUGGCGGUUUACAAACAAUUGUUUGAGUUGUGUUCACAAAAAGUGGAACGUUUCUGGAACAUUCCUGCUCAGUUUCCAUGGCAAGUUGAGCUGGGGAAUUUUGGAAAGACUGUUUUCAUGGGAAUUGAGGGUGUUUGAAUGGGAGGGUAGCACAUGCAGGCAUAAAUAUUACUUUUGGUCAUAAUCAGGCAUCCAUGCAAAAUCGAUAGCUCUCGCGGGUAUUACGCUACCUUAAUUGCUCCGUUUUGUUUCUUCCCCAAGGUUUCCUCAAGGUACUGUUGUACUCGAAUGAAUUCUCCUUUUUGUAAAUUCCUGGUUUGUUCUCUUAAUUCCCAUGGAAAAUGUCCAACUCUGAAAAUCCCCAUAAAUUGGCAACCCCCCGUUGUACUGCAGAAUGAUGACUCCAGUUUUGAAGUGUGCGUCAUGAAAGUUGCGUUGAAGCUUGAUUUCAAAGGGUGACUUGGGCGUUGCAAAGAUGAUCUCAUUUUCAUUUUGCAGAAAAUGUUAUCAUGUAUUUAUCACAAAGGAAAAUGAACACUAAGCCCCCAAACACGGAAGGACUUGGGCAAAAAAAAAAAAAAAAAAAUAAAUAAAGUUUUUGUUUUUUUUAAGUUCAACAUGUUUGUGUGUGUGGGACUUUGCAUUUUGUUCCAGUGAACCCGACUCCUCUUCCUGUCAUUCAAAGUCGAUGUCACUCCUCUCCCACUUUGGUUUAGUGCCUUUUCUCUCACUCUCAAAUAAACAAAUGAAAAA